GGGGUUUUUGAAGGAAAUUAGGGUUGGGAGUGAGAAUGCAUUGAGUGUGUGAGAAUUUGUAAGGGUCCUGACUCUGUUCCUCCUCAUACUUUAUGCAGAAAUUGAGGAGAUGUCUUCAGAAGGGACCAUGAGUGUAGUGGGGAGUGAGGUGAUUCCCUUGGAUUACGGGAGCAUGGAUUCGGAGAGCAGUCCGUCUUCAACUAGUUCGGAGAGGACGGUGGAGGAGAGGAGGGAUGAAAGAGUAGUAGAAGAGGAGGAAAAUGAGAUCCCCUCGAACAUUUUGGAGGCCGGGAGUAAGGUAGAUGGGUGCUAUGACCCAGAUUUAGAGAUAGUUUCUGAGGUGGGGAUAUGUGAGCGAACUAGGGCAUGCUCAGCACCCCGAGACCAUUGGAUGCCCAUAUACGUCCAUUACCUGAUUGCAGGGCUUAGGUUUCCCAUUCCAGAAUUACUGGUUGGGCUGUUAUUAGAUUACAGUAUAAGAAUAACCCAAUUGACCCCAAAUGCCAUAAGGGCUGGGGGUAGGGGGAAAAGGGGUGGUACUACUUCGACCCUCGGUCGUCCAAUAAAGGGAAUAGGAGUUUAUUCUCCGUCAUCCAUCAAAGGAUGGAAAGAAAAAUUCUUCUUUGUGGAUGACACUGAGUGGAGUAGGGGGGAUGCCGAAGUAGAGCAAUUGUCUGCUUGGAAAGCUAAGAAGACCAAGCAGAACAAUUAUAAGCUGAAUGAGGAUGAGGUGGAGGAGGUUAAGAAGCUGGUGAGGGAGGAGGGAGAUGUGGUAGAUAUCAUGUACCUCACCAGUCUAGGGGCAAUAGAGGUUGCAGAGCUCUAUGGGCCAAGCUCAUUGAGCGAAGCUAAAAUGGACAGUUUUAUAAAUGCUGCUGGAGGGCUGGCUAUCCCAAAGAAGCCAAGGAAGAAGUCAAAGACUUCAACUGUGGCAGAAAAGGAGGGGGCAGAUAGGGAGCGACUGUCCAGCAACUCUGCCCGAGCUUUGGAGAUGCAGCCAAGGCCAAAGCCGGUGAUGGGGGGCAGUGAGGAGGUGAGCGAGGAGGAGAGGGAGGAGGUGGCACCGCUCCAUAGGAAGAAAAGGAAGGUGGCAGAAACAGAGGUUAGGAGGGAUGAGGUGGUUAAAUUCGUCCCUUGGCCUUCACCACCUGAGAUUGAUCCGGAGCUCAAGGAGAGGGAAGAGGCCGUGGUUCGAGGUCCUAGCAAGGGCAAGGAGCUCAUCCCUCCACCUUCAUACCAGAAGAGUUUGUUCGAGGCAAUGAACACGACCGGAGCUAAACGAUUCCUCAACGCCAUGCUUCCUGAGGUGGAUAGGAGGCAAGCUAGGCAAGAGGCGGUGAGCCACUUGGGUGCCCGCGUUGUAAGGCACACCUUGGAGGAGUAUGCGGAGAGCGUAAGAGAUUGUGCCAACUGGCAGAGGCAAUGUGAGGCCUUGCUAAAAGAAAAGGAGGAGCUGCAAAAGGAAAAGGAGGAGCUGCAGAAGAGGAAUAAUGAUAUGCAGAGGAGACUGGACGAAGUGCUGCCAUCAAAACUUGAAGCUCAAGACAAGUAUAUAGAGAACAUGAAGAAAGGAGUAACGGAGCUGAAGAAGAACGUGAACCUGCUGGUUCACAAUGGGAUGGAAGAGCACAUUGGCCACUUCCUCAACUCCAGCGUCUUCGAAAACAUCAUCAACCUCUACCAGCUACCGACCGUGAUCGUGGCCUUCACCAACUGUAGAAAGAAGGUGAAGGCCCAAUACCCAGAGGUGGACGUGACGACGGUCACUUUUGGGGAACAAGAAGAAAGGGUGGAAGAGGAUGGUGAGAGCCUCUUUGCUGACUUCCGACCUCUGAUCAAGCUAAGGUGGGAACAUGACGUAGAGGGGCGUACUAUCUUCCCUCCAACCUUUGAUGUGGGGCUGGUAGCAGUGGAGGAAGAAGAAGAAGAAGAAGCGGAAGGUGCUGGAGUGGAGAAUGAGGUAGAUCUGGCCGGAGCUCAGCCUCCCGUAGUUCAUCCAGUCUCCUCUGAUGAAGUGCAGCAGCUAGCUCCUCCUGAAGCGGAAGUGCCGCCUCUGCCAUCUGGAGAUGAGCCACCCCCACCCCCACCACCUCUUCCUGCUGAGGAGCAGCCUCCUCCGUCAGCUGAUUAGAUUAGGAUUUAUUUUUGCGUGAUAGUUGUAAGGAACACUUUUGUUCAUGAGAUUUUAUUAUUUUAUAAAAUUUUGAACUAUUUUCGAUAUUCAGUGUCUGAUGUUUAGUAUUCUUGAUAGUUGUUGUGUUUCAAAUGAGUUACUUCGUAUAAAAGGAAUGGACUUGA